AUGGGGGAUGAGUAUAAUGAACUUGUACACCGAGCUCAUAGCAUUCUUCAAAUGGCCAUGGCAAGGCUUGAGAAGGAGUUUGUCCAUCUUCUUGUUCUAUAUCAGCAAACUUUGGAUCCUGAUCACAUGUCUAGAUUCCAUUCCACAGAGGACUAUUCUAUGGGUGAUUUGAGCUCGUGCAGCUCUUUUGAGGUACACCCUAUUGUUGGCAGGAUGCAUAGUGAGAGUAGUAUUGAAAUGGAUGAGUUUGUGAUUGAUUUGAUUCAUCCUAGCUCUGUAUCUGAUCUUAAGUGUGUUGCAGAAAUGAUGCUAAAGUCCAACUAUGAUAAGGAAUGUUGCAAGGCUUACAUCAGUGUUAGAAAAGAAGCAUUGUAUAAGUCCUUUUCGGUUCUUUGUAUGGAGAGAUCGAGUACUGAUAUUCUACAGAUGGAUUCGGGUCUCUUCAAUAGCAUGAUCAAGAGGUGGAACCAAGCCAUCAAAGUUUUUAUAUGUGUGUGUCUUACUAACGAAAGAAGCCUCUGUGACCUCAUCCUUGGAGGCUACUCCCCAUCAGCAAGGAAUUCUUGUUUUGUGGAAAUUACAAAAGACAUAAUCUUGAAAAUGCUGAACUUUUAUGGUGCAGUAUCAACUGGAAGUCCAAAGCCCGAGAAGUUGUUCCGGAUGCUUGAUAUGUAUGAGGGCUUGUACAAUCUUAUUCCAGAGCUUGGUUCUUGUGUCUUAACUGAAUGUUGA